GUAUGGUUGCUCCAUGUCUGCUAGUGAGAAUCGAAGGAGAGGCGGAAAGAAGAUAUUGAUAGACCUAAAACAAAUUUUUCUCAACGACCACGGAUACUACUACUGCUCUGUAAACGUGAGUCUCUCCAGUGGAGGACAUGCAGAGGCACUAGACUACACCAAGACUGACGAAUGCAGGACGUUCACCAACUCGCCGACGUUUGAGAGAAGACAAUUUGAGUUUAACGUACAAGAAAAUGCGGAAGGUCUUGAUUUCGAGGUGCCAAUUAGGGUGUAUAGAGCUGAGAGAGACAAACCUGAGCAGUUCGAGCUUUAUGCGUUUCACAAGGCUCACGUAGACGUCGGGAAAUUGAGCCAGACGUCUAUACAGAAUGAUGACAAAACUAUGGAAAUACACAGACGUGUUUUCUUGACCAGAAAUAUAGCAGAUAGUGGUGUGAGUCAACACAUGGGCAAGAUGGAGAUUAGUGUGACUGUGGAAGAUCAGACCUCUCCGGACAUGCCUUCUAGGACGUUGCCGUUAGUUCAGUCUAGGAUCCAAGCGAAUGCAGAGUCUUCUUCGAGUCGAACAGAUGUCGAGUCUCGUGCUUUUACGAACCCGCAGAGAUAUCGAGAUUUGGCUGCUCGGAGUACGACGAUUCUCGGUGAUCAAGAUAGUCGUCUGUCUACUCCUGGGAUUGAUUUGCCUGAUCCUGCUGGCAUUCCAGUUUUCUUGCAUGAUGUAGCUGAGCCGGAACGCCAGACAAGAAGUCAACUGGAGCCAAGUCCGUCGCCGACAUCUCUUCCUCUGUCUAGUAUUCGUGGCAUACACAAUACUGCGACACAUUCUGGCAUGGGCGGUUAUCUCUUAGAAACAGUACCAGAGACUCCGCUGUCUUUUGAUGAAGAUCCAGUCAACGAACAGACUUCAGCAUAUCAGGAGAGCUUACAUACUGAGAAGAGACAUCAAAUGCCAUCGGCAUCUCAGCAGUUUCCUUCAUCUAAUGCAGUUGUUAACAUUCUUCCACAUUACUUGUCGUUAUCUCAACAGUAUGGUGAUAUGUCGACUGGAAGCAACAGAAACACAUCAGAGUACAAACCUUUAGAAAUACCACCUGACACUCCAUUACCAUCUCAUAGGUCACCAGCAAUGAAACAAGCUCACAUCGAUGAGACGUCGAUGAUAGUUAUAGAGAGGCUGACGAAGGAGUUGGAAGACUAUCGGUUAGGUGUCCAGAAGAUGGGGGGUGACAUAGUCCAACUACGAGAGACAAUAGCCAGACUAGAGCAAGACAAAAUGUUUCUCAAGCAAGAAGUGGCUGACCAGGAACAGGCUUCUCAAGCUCUGGUGAGCGAUUCUGAACUGGAUUCAUUAGACCGAGUGGAUUUGAUUCGAAAACAUGUUAGAUUGUGUCAACAGUUUGGUGCAGAAGUCAAACGGUCACGUGACUACAGGGAGCGGGUUCAGACUUUGCAGAAUGAAGUUAUUAGGAAAAACGAGAAAGAGAAAGGUCUUUUGAAGAUUCAGCAAGCUCAUACGGCACAACAAAAUCUUGUUCAGAAACUGCAGGAUCGCCUUCAGAGGUCUCAAAGAUACAAAGAAACGUGUCGUCAGCAGGAAAAAGUGAUCAACCAGUUGGAAGAACUAAUCGCAAAGAAUGUACAAAACAAUUCUGUUGGGCGGCCAAGUGACUCUUCUUCUGUUAUUGAUCUCUUGAGAAAAGAAAAUUCUGACCUGAGAGCAUCACUGCUUGCUUACGAGGACAUAGAAAGUACGGGCAAUGAGUUGAAGGUGGUACGUUUUGGUCCAACGGCUGGGCAAACAUCAGAAGUGACAAUUCUUCAACAGAAGCUGGAGGAAGAGGAACAGAAAUCUGCAAAAUUAGAGGAAGAACUUAAGCAAGCCGGUCAGGGACUUUCUGCUGGUGAUGAUAAAUGGGAUGUCGAGCAGAAACUUGAAAGAGCCGAGGAAAGAAUCCAGUCGUUGGAGGCAUCGUUGACAGAGAAUGCAAAAUCAUUUGCCAGAGAAAAAGCACAUCUGGAGCUUUACAUCAGUGAUUUGAAAGCUCAGAUGAAUGCCGUGAAGAACAGCAGUCAUGCGUUGACUCACUCCGGCCUCGUUCAUGUACCUUCACUACCAUACGCUGCAUUACCACAAGACUCUGCCGGAAGACUGGAGAGCAAACCGAACCCACUGUAUGGAAGAGCAUUUGAUGUAUACGGUGGUGUGUUGGGGCAACAACCUCUAGGUAAUCAUCGUCAGCCUGUAUAUCAUCAACCUACUGGUAGUUUGAGAAGACCUUCACCGAGGCUACGGCCACUGACCCCACCGGGUCAGGGUGAAGUCACGUGAUUGUAGGUGAUAUCUAUCUUAUAGGGCUAAGCUUUAUUGUAUUUCCUGAAAAUGUUGUACUACAGUUGUUUGGAUUAGAUUAGUUUAUGUUGUAAUGAAAUGAGAUUGAAAGGUACCGUAAAACCAGAAGUUCGUGCGAUGAUUUAAAUCGUGCGAAUCGUGUGACCAA